AGCAUCACAGGCGCCAGCGCCCCCAGCAUCUCCAGCGCCUCUCCACCUGGCUAACCAAAGAGCGCACUGGAGGCGGAGGGGCAGCGGCCCGCCUCCCGGACAGAGCCUCCGUCAGCAUGGGGGUGACAGGUGUCAAUGCAUUUCCCUGCUGUGGCAAGAGUGCUGUGGACAUCGUGGAGAAAACGAAUGACUAUCACCACCAGCCCCACAUCCAUAAAGAAGAGGAGGACGAAGAAACAGAGCAGAAAGCAGAACUGCCCAGGAAGGAGACACCGCUCAAAGGGCACCCAGACCCGGGCCCAGUGCCACAGCUGGAGGAGAUGGCGCCAGUGGUACCCUCUAAGCCCACACCUGAGGCCGAAGGGGAGUAUUUCACUGAAAGCCCGGAGCAGGAGGGCUCCAGGAUCGAAUCCCUCAAGCCCUAUGAGGAAGAGCUGUCAUCCAGGCCCUGGAGCUUCAUCGCAAACUCGAGCAACAGGGAGGAUGAGCAGAUGUGCCCCACCCAGUUCCGCUCCAUCCGCGUGCAGACCUCCAAACACCUCUUCUGGGCGAACAAGCUCAUCCAGGCGUCAGAGCACAGCCUCCAGCGGGCCUUAGAGAAACAUCGCAAGAGCCCGCGGGAAAAGAAGUCUGUCUGCAUUCCCCAGGUUCUCACAGACUGUGCCCCACUGCCGUCAAGUCCCCGGGUAUCCUGCACUACCCUGCCCACAGCCAUUGGCCUGGCAGAUCUGAUCAACUUCGCAUCCUCCCUUGCCGUGGCCUCCUCCAGCAGCAGGGACUUGCCUAAUCUAGAAAAUAUGAUCAAAAGUACAUCUGAGAAGUCCCAGGAGACGUCUACAGAGCUUUGCCAGCCGGUCCAGUCCAUCCAGUAUGCCCAGGCUACCCAGAUUACCCAGAUAUCCUCGGAGAAGCAAGAGAAAUCAUCCAAAGAUGUGAUGACUCACGAAUCUUGGACUCAAGAAACCAGGAACGUAGCUUGCUCUUACCUAGAUUUUAGCAAGACAGGGUUCAAGAAGGCCACCAUCGAAGGGGAAGUGAAGUUUGUCCAGGCACCACCCUCCCCCCAGCUUCAGGAAGCCAAAGAAGACUCGGUGCCGGGAACCAAGAAAGGGAAUCCAUUAUUGCUGAAAAUCCAUUUUAAGUUGUCGUCCCCUUCACCCCAGAGAAAUUAGACAAAAGCAUUAAAGCCUCCAGUGCUGGCCCUGCUGAAGACUCUUUUUUAAGGGGCUGGGAUCAAACCCAGGGCCCUGAGCAUACUUAGGCCAGCAUCUUACUCCUGGGCUAUAUCCUCAUCCCUUGGACGCUGGAGACAGUGUCUCCUUCUGUAUCCCAGACUGGCCUCAAACCCUUGGUCUGCCUACUGCAGCCUCUCGAGCGAUGACAUUGCAAGGACAUACCAUUCUGCCUGGGCUCUGGCUCAGGUUUGGGAGGACCAGCUCCUCCUAAUCACUGAGCACAGCUGGCUGCUAUAUUCUGGAAGCGAUUUUUUUAGGGAUGGCACCUCCACUUUUGAGUUCCCCGUGAGCCCGCCCAUCCCCUGAGAGUUCUGGUCCAGCCAUCUUGACUUUGCUUCCUCCCUGAAGUGUCUCUGCUUUUCUUCCACCUACCAGACCAUUAGGCCACCUCAGAACUCCAUCCCAGGCUUCAGUUUCUUAGGCCUAAAUCCAGGGACAUGGGGGCGUGAAGAUGUGGGGGAAGGGGCCUCCCUGGAGGUGGGGCUGACCAGAUGAGAGAAUAAAUCCAAGGAGAAGUCUUCCUGUAGCCAGUGAGGAGACCUGGGGAGGACGUUGUUUGGCUUGAAGGAGGGAAAAGCUGAGGUUGAUAGACUGAUCUUUUAGAAGGCUACAGCCUCAAGCCAGAGGUAACUCCAGAUGUAGGGAGAUCCCAUGUUGAUGACAUACCCAACAUGGCAGCCCAGAGGAGUUCCCACACACCACCAGCCAGACACUAGCAUAAGACAUCACGCCCCUGGACAAAGGCCCAGAAGAAAGGCAAUAUGAGGGAGUUUCCACUUUUGGCAAAGGUCAGAAGGCCUUUUAGAAGUAGAUUUAGAGAAAGAGAAGGGACCAGCUUGCUCCAGAGACAGCUGUGUGUAUGAGAUAGGUAGGGUGGGGGGCAUCUCACUCUGUGCAGCCCAAGCUAGCUUCAACCCUGUAGCAGUCUCUCUACCGUGGCCUCGUUUCUGUGUCUUGUGCGUCGGAGUUUACGUUGCCCUAGCUGGACUGCCUCAGAUCCAUAAGGAGCCUCUUGCUGUACCUCCUGAGUGCUGGGAUUCCCGGGGGAGGCUUGCACUGCCACAGCAGCUUUUGUUCUUGUCCUUGUCAUUGUUGAGACGGUCUCGUUCUGUAGCCCUGACAGGCUCCUGGGUGCUAGGAUGAAAGGCAGGCACCACCACGCAGCUUCUUUUUUCUCUUGAGACAGGGUACUGCUGUGUAACUCAGGCUGGCUUUGAACUCGCAAAACUGCCUGCCUUAGCCUUCAGAGUGCUGGAGUUAUAAGAGAAGCAUGCCACCAUGCCCAGCCCUGGUCAGGCUUCCUAACAAGGAGAAGCCCAUCAGGAGCCUAGGAGGAGGCUGAGCUGGGAGCUAGGGAUGGGGCAGUGGGAUUAGGCAGCAGGAAAGCAGGCCAGAAGGGAAAGGGGCCGGAAUUGAGGGUGGGGAACAAAGAGAAAUGGAAGAUUUCUGGCUAGACUGUCAUGCAGUCCUUAGGAUUUGCCUUUAGAGUUUAUUGUUUGGAUGGGGUUUUUAAGUGUAAAUUCUAUUUUUUUAAACAGAGGUGGUGGCAAUCCACCUCUUAUCCCAGCACUUGGGAGGUGGAGGCAGGAGGAUCUCUGUGAGUUCAAGGCCAUCCUGGUCUACAACAAGUUCCAAACCAGUCAGGGAUAUAUCAGGAGUCUCUGUCUAAUUACCAAACUCAAGGCCAGCCUGGGCUAAGCGGCAAGCACAGACAGUACCUGUGUAUCCCUCCUCUGCCCCAGCCCCUCAGCUUAGAGCACAGGGACAUCCUGAAGCAGAGCCACAUGGUUACACAGACCCACACUGGCUCAGCAUCACCCAAAGCCCAGAGAGCUUCAUUCCCUCUUGCAGUACUUUCUGUGACGCAUAUAUGGCACGUGUCUUAAUGCAGUGUCAUAAAAAUAGUUUGCCCGUCCUGAAUACCCUCUGCGCUCCGCCCACUCAUCCUCCCCUCCCCUCCAGCCACCCACUGAUUUGUCACUGGUCCCUUUUGCUUUUGCCAGAAUGAACUGGAACC